AUGUUCGGCAUCAAGACACAGCAACAAACAGAUUCGUAUAGUCCGGUCAAGUCAGAAGAUAGCGAAGGCUUGCUGGCAAAUAGCGAGACCUCGUCACUCGACGGGCACCCUACUCGAAACCCUUCCCGACGACAGUCAUGGAUAGCGACAAGCAUCAUGCUUUUCUGCACGGCAGUGCUCUCUGCACUGUUCGGUGCCUGGGCUGGACGAAACGGACUGGACGCUGAUGCUUUCAGCAUGCGUCAUAUUUCGGAAUACUCUCCCAUCAUGAAGGACGCAGAUAUGACCUUCAGCCGUGUCCUUUUCAAUGGCUCCUUCCUCAAGCUCAAUGCAUUCAGACAGGAUGCCGGGCCAGAAGUCGACGCAGCUUGGACAAGUCUGGGUGCAGACUUCAGCGCUGUCCGCAUUCCAGCUUCCGAAGCUGCGAAAUCGAAUAUCAGAGCCGAUCAGGUGAAGAUCAAGGAGAAGUACGGUGGUGGAUUUCCUGCGAACGUAGAGGGCCUGCAUCAUCUACACUGCUUGAACCUGCUUCGAAAGUCGCUGUCCUGGAAUAUCGACUACUACAGGGCGAUGAAGAUGGGGCCCUUUGCCAAUGACGAGCACGUCCUAAAGGCGCACGUCACACACUGUCUCGAUAUCAUUCGGCAACAAUUAAUGUGCAACGUUGAUAUCGGCGUCUUGGGGCAAGUCUGGUAUCAGCCACCCAAUUCGGAGAUCGAACCCUUUGUCGACUUCAAUACUGUGCAUACGUGUCGCAACUUUGAAGCUGUGCGCGAUUGGGCUGAGAAGCGCCAGCUGCCGACCGAGACCGCAGAUGACUAUCUCGAGGAACCGAAAGAAGGCGACAGAAUCUAUCUGGAGAUUCCGUAG